AUGACACUGCUACAGAAGAGCCCACCUGCAGGCCAUCCCAAUGGCUCAGCGUCUCUUCAGACUGCGGUGCCUUACGAACACCUGCCACAGUCCACGCAGCAGCCCGUGCCAGUAACCUCUGCCGUGGUUGGCAGUUCAUUCAAUGAGCUUCCAUCGACAAACCCCUUCUCUCCAAAUUUCAGCCCUCGUCCAGCACCAUCUCCUGCCGGGCAACAUGCUUCUGCUGCCCAGCUCUUCUCACCUGUGUCGCCUAUCAAUGACCCUCGCCUGAUCGGGCGCGUGUCGCAACCGCAUCUGCAUUCCACAGAGCCUCAGCGCCCAAACGGCAACAAGAAAAAUGUCAACCUGCAACGACUGAACGGGAAGCCCUAUCCUAGCGCCGACCAUGCAGACAAAGGCCCAAAACACGUGAAAGUUGCAAAGGAUAUGUUUGACGGUGCCCUUCCACCAGUUUACAAACGACAGGCUUCCGAUCCGACCAGACCUGGUGAUGUUGCACUGGCCAUGUCGAACGCUCGUGAAUGUCUCUCAUGUGGCAAGAAAUGCGCUGAGGGCGGCAGCUGCACCCAUUGUGGAAAGCGCAAGUCCAGUGAACCAGGUGACAGGGACGCAAAUGGUUCUGGUCACAGUCGCACAGUCUCUACAGGAGUCAACUCGGAGAGAUCUAUUGCAUCCUCGAGCACUGCCGUACAAUCAUCAUCAUCGGCCGCAGGCACUCAGCCCUCCUGCACGAAAUGUGGCAGACACCGACGGCCAGGCUCGCUGGACGCUCCCAAUGUGCCGGCGACCAACCCGGCCCAGCCUGGCGUCAGAUUCCAACAAGCUGGCUUGUCUAUUCAACCCAACUCCGCUGGCCAUCACAACCCGGUUUACCCUCAGAUUGAUAUAAUCCCACCCUCGGCCACCACUUAUCGCCGAACCAAUACGGUCCCCUCUCCUUUCACUCCAUACGGCGAGGAAUCACCUCUCGUUUCUCCGCCGAGGAAGACCGAAUCAAGGGGUUUCCGCAAUAACUCCAUCGUCCGCUCACUUUCUCGCCGCUUGAGCAGGAAGGAAAAGGAAAAGGACAAGUCAUCAGCACCACUUCCUAGUCAACAACUGGCCACGUCUCAAAACCAGACUAGUGAGCAAAGCGCAGGAAGACUCAUCAACAUGAUCAGCAGCGCAAUGCAAGACCCCUCCGCUGGCCGUGAUCAGCAAUAUGCCAAGGUUGCUGUAGAGGAGCCAGACCGUCCUGGAACUCCGUUCUCAUUUGUCGGCGAGAGAGACGAAAGCGACACGUUCGACAAGAAAGACGACCGUGACAAAGGAGGCAAUGGAGAAUACUUCCCCAACCAAGAGGACAGGUUGGAUGUCAUUCCUCGACCAAAGUCCGCCGACCCACACCAUGGCCGACACCUUGCCCCCGAGGAUGCCGAGAGACCCCAAAUCACCAGAUUCAAGAGUUUGAGGGUUGGCGUCAACAGGGUCAACCAAAGUAUCAGUCGAAGCCAGAGCUUGAAGAGAAUCGGAAGCGUCAAGCAAGCUCAUCAUGCUUGGUAUGUCGACGGUUCAGAUGAGAACUCUGUGCCUGUCUUCUAA